CGCCGGAAAAACUUCCAGCCUUUGCGACGGGUCGCGGGCUGUUUUGGGGUUAGGUUUUUGUGGACACACUUGCAGGCGUUACCAAUAUCCGCCACUGCGCAUGGCGAGGGAUCUGAUCGGGCCGGCUCUGCCGCCGGGCUUCAAGGCCCUUGGAACAGCAGAGGACAAGGAGCGGGACCCCAGCCCGGUUGCAGGACCAGCUCUACCUCCUAAUUAUAAAAGCAGUAGUUCAGAAUCAUCAGACAGUGAUGAGGACAGUAGUUCUUUGUAUGAAGGAGGGAAUCGAGAAUCUGAAGAAGAUGACACCGGUCCACCUGCAAGAAAACGGGAGAGAAAUCAAGGUGACGAUGAUGAUGAUGAAGGAUUUUUUGGACCAGCCCUUCCUCCUGGAUUUAAAAAGCAGGAUGAUUCUCCUCCGAGGCCUCUAAUAGGUCCUGCAUUACCACCUGGUUUUAUUAAAUCUACACAGAAAAGUGGCAAAGGCAGAGAUGAUCCACGACCACAAGUAUCAUCAUGUCUCAACUCUGAGGAAACAGAUAGCAGUGAAGAUGAAGACAUUGUUGGACCAAUGCCUGCAAAAGGACCCGUUAACUAUAGUGUAACGACAGAGUUUGAAAAAAGGGCCCAGAGAAUGAAAGAAAAACUGACCAAAGGAGAUGACGUUUCAGCUAAACCAGUUACAAGGGAGUUAUGGAUGACUGAGCUUCCUCCAGAAUUUAAAGACUUUGGUCUUGGGCCCAGAACUUUUAAGAGAAGAACAGAUGACAAAUCUGGAGAUCGAUCAGUCUGGACAGAUACUCCAGCUGACAGGGAAAGGAAGGCUAAGGAGACACAAGAAGCAAGGAAGUCACUCAGUAAGAAGGAUGAAGAACAUAUAUUGUCAGGAAGGGAAAAGAGAUUGGCUGAGCAGGUGUCCUCAUACAAUGAAUCAAAAAGAUCAGAAUCUCUUAUGGACAUUCAUCAAAAAAAAAUAAAGAAUAAAUCUGCUGAAGAUAAAACUAAGCCCCAAGAAAGAAUACCAUUUGACCGUGAUAAGGAUCUUAAGGUUAAUCGGUUUGAUGAAGCUCAGAAAAAAGCCCUAAUUAAAAAAUCUAGAGAACUAAAUACCAAAUUUUCACAUGGCAAAGGCAGUAUGUUUUUAUAAGGGGACUUCUCUGCACAAUGAAGAAAAGUUGAAGAACACUCUUAUCUGUUGGUCCACUGUUAUUACUUUUUUUAAGCUACUUACUAUUAGAGAAUACUUUAGUCUUAAAAACCAUACGAACUCAUCUUGUUCUCUGCAUCCUUAAAAUCAUGUGGAAGCAUAACAUAAUAUCAGUGUUUCUUAUGUAGAACAGAAUUUUAUGUGUUUGGCUUCCAAGAAAGCAUGGGCUUUUCUUCAAAUAAUUAUUCUGAGGAUUCCCCCCACCAUGCCCUAAUUUUUGUGAUGUGUCCCAAGUAUCCUCUUAGAUCUGGUCAGGACUAUCUGAAGCCUGGACCUCCUCGUUGGAUAUUAUUAACCUACCUAGAGCGAGUGCGUCCAGUACUUAAAGUAAAUCCAAGGAUUUGAAAUUGUUUGGCUAUUUCCUUUCAACUGCAAGGAGUGAAUACAUAUUUACAUGAAAAAAGUACAUAUGGAGAAUUUGACUGUUUCAUUAACAGUUUGUUUAUUUAGGGCUUUUUAUUUGUGGUUUGUGUUUUCUGGUGUGUUUAAGUCAGAAAGGAAUCUCUGUUAUUUCAUGUUCUAAGGAAAAAGUGUUUGAUUUUUUUUCAACUUUAAUAAGUAUUUAUAGGGGAAGCGAUCUGAGGAACAAGACACAUCAGUGCCCACAAGCAGUGUGGAGUCUAAGACACAGCUCUGUGACCUCACCCAAAGCUUUCUAAGUCUUUAAAUUCUGCUUUGAGAUGAUCUUACUUUAUCCAUUUAUAUUUAACAGAUUUUAGCUAAUUUAUUGGGGACAGAUCUUUUAUAUCAGUCAUGAAUAACCUUUUUUGAAAAAAAUGAAACUCGGUAAUCAUAACCACACUAAUGGAACAUUAUAAGUUUGUAAUGCUAUAAGUACUGCCUCUUUAGAUGUUAAAUAGAAAAUUCUAAAUGGUUAAAGCCUAAAUUCAAAUUCUGUAAAGUUAUAUUUUCUUACAGGUUAAUCUUAGCCCUUCUACUAGUUCUGUGUUCUAGUUUUGAUAAAGCACAAGGUUUUAAUGGGAAAAGAUUCUGAUUCCUAGUUAUUUAGGCUCUAUGAAAAAUUGAGUAAACUGUUCAGAGAAUAGUAAAAAUUAUUCUUCUUUUAAUCAUAGCAGUAUAGUGAUAUUUUCCAUAACAUCUAUGUAAAUAGUAGCCUACUCAAGGAGUGUUGUUAUUAAAAAGAUGAAUUAUUCUCCUAAGUAAAUUCAUGUAAAGGCUUCUUGUUAGAGUUGAACAGAGCUACCUUUUGACCAAAGGUGUCAUUUUUAGUGGGCAGUAUUGUAUAAACACAAAACUUUGUUGCAAGAGCAUCCAUCUAUUGCUUCCAUUUAAUUUUGUUAAAAUUUUUUCCUCAAUAAAAGGAAGAAAUGUUUUCUAUUUCCUCAUCCCUCUAUAGAUUCCUAACAUAUAUUUUUGGGAAGUUUGGUAUUUUUAAAGUAAAAAUGUCAUCUGUGGAUACUUAUUUUUGCUUUGUUUUUACUCUAAAGGGAUAGGGGUAUUUCUAUAUUACGUACUUAACUAUUUCUUCACUCAUACAUGGAGUGUCCAUGACCUUCGCAAAAGUGGGAAAAGCCUGUUCUUUCCAUGAGCUACAUACAACCUUAUUGCCACCUUGGAUCUAAUGUUCUUUCAUGCCACCCUGAGUAUAGUUUUAAUAAAAUGUAAGAACAGACCAGAGUGCCUUUGCCCCCAUGGAGAGUCUAAACCCAAUAUGACAACAAUGGCAAUAAAAGAGCAGAGUAACUGUUGCAUAGAAUGGAAAGGUAUUCAUUUCAUCUCAUCCUCUCUUCCAGGCUGCAAAAGCCCUCAUUAAAUCAAGUCGCCUAUCAAUCAGGUAGAAAAUUGAGAUUGCUGACAUUUUCUAAUAAGAACUUUUUAAUAUACUUCACCUUAGCCAAAUUUUAUAGAACUUCUGCAAUUUAAAAAUGAAAAAUAAGACCUGGCCAUGUGUCUGGGUUAAUUGGAGCACUAUCCCACAGCAAAAGGUUGCAGGUUUGAUCCCCCAGUGGGCAUGCACAGGAGGCAACCAACUGCUGGAUGUUCAUUCUCACUCUCAAUCUCCCUCCCCCUGCCCCCACACCCCCUUCUCUCUCUAAAAUCAGUAAACACAUCCUUGGGCAAGAAUUUAAGAAAAAAAAAUGAAGACAAAGAGCAACACUAAGUUUAAAAAGUAAAGCAGCUACUUUACAUUCUUUACUGUUAAAGGUAACAGACAUUUAAGUUUAUUGUGCCUGCUGUUAUAUAUUUUGUUCUCUAAAUUGUCAUCUGAAAUAAAUGUAGAGGCUUCAAAGAGUAACCAUAUUACUGGUAAAUAAAUGGGGGAGUUGGUGGCUAAAUCCAUAAGAAUGGCUUAUCAGAUAAAUCAAAUCCUUUUUAUAUUGGGCAAAAUGUUGUAAAUUAAGCCCUACUCAAAAAA